GUGUUCACACACAAUUUGAACCAAAUUGUAUACAAAAAUUAUACACAGUGGGUACACUUAUAAUCCAGACAUAAACUUUUUGUUUGGACUCCGCACGGAAUAAUUUAUCCUCAAAAAGAGGAAGGGUUCAUCAAAUCAAAAGUAUAAAUAUUUUAGAAAGCGAGUUCCAAGAAAAUCCCAAUGAUAGAAAUUUGGCCAAAAAAAAUGCAUGAUAAACCCUUAUAUCACAUCUUAUUUCUAUGUUCGAAAAAUAUACAAUUUUAAUAUUACAUCGAGAAGAACAAAACAUUUGUCUUCAUCUGAGACAAGUUGGAAUAAGGCAGCAACCACGAAGGUUAGACAAAUAGCGCUCCAUAUAAACCACCCAUAAUCAGCUACCAGUACACCAUUAAGCCUUCUCCACGAACGUCUACUUGAUCAGCUUCUUCAGCUGAAGCCAUGAAAGAUAGCUUCAAUGCAAAUCCCAGGCCCCACUUCGUCAUCGUCCCUCUAAUGGCUCAAGGCCAUAUGAUCCCCGCAGUCGACAUGGCUCGUCUCCUCGCCGAUGGAGGUGCCACCAUCAGCUUCAUCACCACCCCGAUCAACGCCGCCCGCAUCCGCCCCAUCAUAGACAGAAUCCACAACUCCGCUCUCCCGAUCCGCUUCAUCGAACUCCGUUUCCCCUCCGCCGAAGCUGGCAUCCCCGAAGACUGCGAAAAUUUCGAUCUCAUCACAUCGGAGAAUCUCCUCAAACCAUUCGUCGAAGCCCUGCCUUUACUCUGUCCUCAGCUCGAGAGUUAUCUCCAGCAAAGCUCGACGCCGAAGCCCGAUUGCAUCAUCGCUGAUAACUGGCAUUAUUGGACGGUGGAGGUGGCGAGGAAAUUCGGGAUUCCUCGAUUGGUCUUUCACGGGCAAUCUUGCUUUUCUAUCUACUGCUCUACUGUGUUGAGGAGGAGGAAGAUGUUGGAUGAGAUUGAGGAUGAUUUUCAGGUUUUCGAGUUGCCGGAGAUGCCGGAGAAGAUAGAGGUGAUGAAGGCGCAAGUGAGGAGAUGGGUGGAUUCGCCGGACGGUUAUAAUAUUAGGCAAAUGUUUUACGCCGGCGAGGCGGCGGCGGAUGGGAUUGUUAUCAAUACGUUUGAUGAGCUGGAGCCCUGGUACAUAGACAGCUACAGAAAGAAGGCUAUCGGGAAAAAGGUUUGGACAAUUGGGCCGCUAUCUCUGUACAACAAGCACGUAGAGGACAGGGCAAGCAGAGGAAAACCCUCUUCCAUCGACGGCGGGGUUCUCCUCCAGUGGCUGAACGGAAAAACCAGCAACUCCGUCAUUCUCGUCAGCUUCGGCAGCAUAUCCCGCAACGCCUUCCCUCAAAUCAUCGAGAUCGGUUACGCUCUCGAAGCAUCCAAAAUACCCUUCAUCUGGGUUGUGAAGGAGGCCGAUUCUGCCGCUGCCGCCGCCGUCGGCGACAUCGAAACCGACAAGUGGAUGUCGGAGUUCGAGGAGAGGACGAGAUUGACUGGGCUCGUGAUCAGAGGAUGGGCGCCUCAAUCGGUGAUUUUAUCACACGAGGCGGUGGGGGGAUUCAUGACGCACUGUGGGUGGAACUCGACGCUGGAGGCCAUAGCGGCAGGGGUGCCGAUGGUGACUUGGCCGAGGUUUGGGGAUCAGUUUCUGAACGAGAGGAUGGUGGUGGAUGUGCUGAAAGUGGGUGUUGCGGUGGGGGUGAAGUUGCCGCCGACGAAGGUGGUGAUGGCGGCGGGGGAGAAAGGGCUGAGAGUGGUAAGGAGGGAGGAAGUCGAGGAGGCGGUGAGGAAGUUGAUGGGACGAGGGGAGGAAGCGGAGGAGAGGAGGAAGAGGGUGAGGGAGUUUGGGGUUAUGGCUUCGAAGGCUAUGGAAGAUGGCGGUUCUUCCUUUCACAAUUUGAAGGACCUUAUCAACUUCGCGGCCUCCCAUAGUACUUAACUUGAUGGGGAUUUGUCUAGCUAAGUAUUUUCUUUAAAAUUAAUCGUGGUUAUUAUUAUUUUCUUAAAUUAA